AUGGCAACAUUGAGUCCUGCGGAUGCGGUUGCCGGCCCGGCCCGGCUUCCGCCUAGAGUCAGCUCUGGAUCCGCAGACGGUUGGCCAUUCAACAAAGCUUGUUUUGACCCCGUUCUUGAUUAUGCUAGCGAUGUCGGGGAUGCCUUCAAGGAGAUCGAGAAGAGCCAACUCGCCCAAACUACGUGUCUCUUCGCUCUGGAGGUUGGGGAAGGAUAUUCAAACACCAAGAGUUCAAAUCUUAAUGACCAAGAAACUCUAGCCGUCUUGUCCUCUCAGAAAGAACUGAUGGAUGGCUCCGCUGGGCUCAAACUCUUUUCAAUCUCUAGACUUUCGUCACAGAGCGGAGGACAGUCCUCAGCAGCACGAACUGAUCGUGACCGACUUCAAGUGACCAACUCGGCCUUUAGAAUGCUGCUGUCGACAACCAAUGCGCCUGUUGCAUUUGUCACAGCCCUGGCACGACCAUACAUGGUUUGCGGAACCGGGUUCCGCCAAAUAGACUCGUAUGAGUGGGAUUAUUGGUGCGUGAUACCCGUGCGAAUGAUCAUGCCCUGUCGCGCGACAGCAAUAGAUCAUACCAAGAGCAGAGCGGGCAGCAACCAAAUGGACCCAUUUCACUACAUUCACCUCUCUGGAGCAAAGGCCGACAUCCGGGGAUCGUACAUUGGCCUGUACACGAGACACAAUUUCCGAACUCGGGAAACGACUGUCAUUUCUGUCAAUCUAUUGGAUCGCCGAUUACGUGAUUUGAUCGAAGAGCCCCUGAACCGAGUCUGUGUGGCGGUUAGGCGACGAAGCGGUGGAGAGAUGACAAUCAGUCCCUACUUCAUCCUCGUCGUCUAUCUGUCAAGCGCAUUGAGGUGGUGGAACAAUGUGUUGUUUUGUUUCAAUCAGCAACUCGUUAUGCAUGAAAAAGAGCUACAGAGCGAAAUAGCCGCGGCAACGUCAGCAUUCUCCAGCAAGAGUAAAGAGAUCAACACCUCAUUGCAUAUUAUGGCUGCUCAUCUGCACCGAUACAAAUCCGAGCUGCAUCGAGUGGAGUUCAUUCUGCAGGAAUUAGGCUCAAUGAGCUCCGAUGCUAAUCUUCCAGGGACAGAUAAUGUCAAGGCUACUUCCGACACUGACAGACCGAAAGUUGGCCAGUUGAAGUCUCAGCUCAGUGCCAUCACCAGCUUCUCGGACGAGUUAGAGCGAAAGGUGCAGAAUAUUCUUACUUUGCUCUUCAAUCAAAUUCAAGUGACCAACGACAUUACAAUGCAAGCUAUUCUGACUGCAGCACAAGAGGACAACAAAUACUCCCAGGAUAUCGCCUUCCAGUCCCAUCAGCUCGCACAGAGCAUGAAGAAUGACAGUGUUGCUAUGAAAACCAUUGCCAUUCUCACCAUGCUGUUUCUUCCUGGAACGUCCUUUGCUUAUCAUCUGAAGAUCGACAAAAUGCAGCUAAAGAGAAAGCUAUCCGAUGAUGAGAGCGAGGGCGUUUCGAUGCCAACAAGGACUGAUCGAGACCCACCGACACCCUCCAGCGAAGACUCGACGAAGCCGAAACUAGACCGACAGCCUUUGCGAAAUGUCCAGGUCUCUUUUGCGGUCGACAUCUCUGGCAGCACUUACGGCAACACCUUGUCUGCCGAGAAGGCCUUCAUCAAGGGUGUCGCGAACCUGUUGGCGCCACAGGCACGGUUCAGCUCAAAGAUCCUGCCAUGGGACAACAGGGCCCAUCCCAUCUUGAGCCUUGGCCAAGUGAACUCGCUUGAAGACAGCGGCGGCACCGACCCGGGAGUGCUCCUCACGGAUAGGCGUCAUAAAGCUGCCCUCAAGGAGUGCUCGCUGUGGUUUCUGAUGACCGACGGGUUGAUACCUCCCGAGUCCAGGGCAAAGUUCGCCCGCGAUGUGACGGCCCAAGGGCUGCAUGGUAUCAGCUGUGUGAUUGUCGUCUUUGGGAAUCCAAAGACCGGGCCUAGCAGCUGCGACAUCUCGGUCGGAGUGGGCGUCUUUGCUGUGGUCCCCAACUGCGCCUUUCUUUUCUGCGACGAGACGACUGGCGACCUCCGCGCGAUGCAAACCAAAGGUACCUUCAACGCCCUCCUCAAGGGACAGCCACACCCAGUGUUCGACUCGUCCUCCCGCUGGGACCUCCUCCCUCAGGUCUCCAUCGCCGACUUUGCCACCAUUUCCAUCCCAGAUCCCCAGGGCCUUGGCGCGGACCAGGUUGCUUUGCAGGACUCGCUCGUCAUCAACAUGAACGACUUGUUUGCAAAUCGUCUGAGCACUGAUGAGAUCAACAAGAUUUUCGACAAUGGUGAUAACCUUGACAGUAUCAGGCUGACCAUGCAGGCUCGCAACCAGCAGGAGGAUUUCCGACACUGGCUCCAGCAGCAGGCGAUCCGUCCUGACGACCCGCUGGUGAUUCCUCGCAGGGACAUCGGUCACAAGGCUGAAUCUCUCUUCGGGGAGCUUGUUGAUCUCAUAAGCCGAGGGCAGUCACCUCCGGAUCCACUACAGGCACGUCUGCGCGCUGCCUAUCGGGAGAAUAUGCGAGGCUUUAUCAGGCGUGGAGAGAGAGAACACCAUAACUCGGAACAGAGGAGUGAGAUGAUUACCCAGGCUGCUUUCAGCUCUUACACUCCUACCGACGCGAGCCCGGCGCUGAGUCCCAGCACGCGGGGUGUCAACCGAUACGAUCGCCAGGUCAUGGGAGCCGGGACUGUCAGCGCCCCGGUGUCAGCUCUUCCUCGGCGGCUUGAUUGGAGCAACUCGGAACUUCCGAGCAUCACACCCCAGGCUCAGAUUAUGUCUUACCCCCAAGUAGUACCUGGUGCGCCGCCCAGAAGUCCUCCAAGGAGGCGAGAUAGCGGACAUGCCUCGGCAAUCCCUUAUCCCCCCCGGUACCAACCUAUGGAGGAGCCGUGGGGAAGCUGGGAAAGCAAAAUCACGAAUCCAAACUUGCGUGGACUUUUAUACACAACAGGCCUCCGCUCAACAAAGGGUUCAUUCAAGGGGACUUGUCCAGCCUGUGGUACCAAGGACAUCACCAUGGCCUGGUUGUUCCGCGCUCCUGCACCAUCAACCCCUUUCAAGCCACCCACUCCUGGCGGCACCGAAGGCUUUCCACGACCAGGGAGCCGUACCCGCCUUGCAUUCCCUCUAGCCAUGGGCCAUUUUACCGAGACUUCAGGCGUGUUAGCCUCGAUCACUCCCAUAUCAACACCAAUCACCGCAACCUCUUCCAGCCAGUCUGCUCAAAUGCCUUCUCUCGUCUGCGACCCUUGCUCCCACUUCUACACCCGCAACGGUGCCCUAUCGUUCGGCAUCACGACCGCGCUUCCCUUGGUCCGCUUCUCAGAGAAUAGAGAGGCAAUAUGCAACAUCCUCGCUACGGCCUUCAACGACCGGUUCGACCGUGGGGACCUCCCGCAGGUCUUCCUUUCCGUCCUGAUGCUCGCCGCCGACCACGCCGCCGCGGCCUCCACGCCCAGAACGCAGCAGUUCUCCCCGCCUUCUGAACGCGACUUUGACAUCUCGGCCACGUUCAAGGCCGCCGCGGCCCUGAGGACGCUGCGCUCGGCGAUCGAGUGGGCGGCGCGCGACCUGCUGUACUGCGUCGUCGCGCUGCGCGAGCUGUCCGAGUCGUUCUCUCUGCCCUCGGACACCUCCGGCGCGGUAUGGCCGCUGGCGACAGUCCUGGCCGGGUCCUUUGAAGAGCUCGACGCCGGCUUAGAAGGCAAGGCCCACAGCGCCGCCGCCGUGCCGCUCUUGCGUUAUCCGCUGCCCGGAUUCGUCACGAUCCUCAAGACCGCCCCGUUGGUUGGCAUCAGCGAGCAGACUCGGCGGCGCGCAGCGUUCCGUCGCUUACUGUUUCUGAUCUGCGAGGAGCUCGAGAAGGCGGCGGGGCAGGUGCCGCACUCGCAGUCGAUAGGGGAGGCGUUUGGCGGACUGCUGGGCCGGCCGCACUCAGUAGCCUCGACCGGCAAGGAGGGCGCGAAGCCCGAGACGCCUUGGGAGCCCGCCCUGUCGGUAAGCAUCCAGAGCCUACGGUUUACGUCGCUUCUGGGCGCUGCGAGCUACGUCAUGCUGUCACGGACGGAGGAGUUUCGGCACCUCGAAGAGCCGCUGGCGUCGGCGUGGGCCGGCUCGGGCCUCGCGCUGUUCUUGCACACGCUGUUUGCAGUGGUCACCAAAGGCGGCGGGCCGAUGAAGGCGUUGGACAUGUUCCAGGAUGUGAUGAAGGUGAAGUUGGUGGCGAGUGCGCUUCAGAGGCCAGAGGAGAUUGGGUCUGAUACGGUGCAGGAGGUGUUGGCACAGCUACUCUGA